UUCAUCUGACUACGCACACAACACAAAAACACACACUAAAACAAAGAGGAAAAUUCUCAGUACCCCUUCUUUUAAUCUUCUUCUCUUCUCGCAAGAACUACUACUAUACGCUCCUAAACCAAGGAAGAGGACAACAGCAUACUUAACACAGACACAUGACUGUUUCGUGGCAGUGGCUUCACUUUUUCUCUAUCUAGGUUAUAGACCCAACUAUCAGCUGCUGGGACUGGUUUUUGUCUCUUGGUUGGUUUCACCUUGAUCCAUCCAUCCGUCCAUCCAUCUUCAAAAAUCACCAAAAUCCACCUCUUUUUCUUCCCUGGUUUUGUUUCCUUAAUCUUUCUUUCUUUCUUGCAUAGAACCUUAUCAACAAUACCGCCACCACUAUCUUCUCCAGCUUCCCAGAGCCCUCCAGGUAUAUUCACCUAAUCACCCUCUUUUUAUCCUUGUUUAUCUUAUCGCACUUCAUACACAUCACAUACUAAAAGAAAAUGCAACCUCGAAUCUAUUGGAUUAAGUAUUCAACCACAUUUUAGGGUGUAAAAAUUUCUGGGUUUUCUUGAACCCUUGAAUGUGUGGCUUUUUUUUACCUUGAAAUUGCAUUUACUUUUUUUUUUUUUGGAUCUUGAAUAUGUUUUUGGGUUUUUAUUUCACGGAGUUUCAUUAAAAAUAAAUUGGUUGUUGAAAGCUUUGAUCUUUCUAUGUCAAAUGCUGUUGUUAGAUUGCUUUCUAUAUUCUUGAGUUGGUUUUUUUUUUUAAAAAAAUAAAUUUUGUUUUCGUAUCUGUGGUUAACAGCUACAUCCUUGCUAGUUUGGUUAUCAUUUUUGUUGCUAUGCAGGUUUGAGGCAUUAGAUCUGAGGCACUGAGUGAAGGUUCUGAGGUUUAGCUAAAUUUUGUUACCGUGGUUCUUUCCCAUUUUCUUAUAACGGAGAUCUAAGGGCCUAGUUUUAAGCUUUGCGUUUCAGGUAAAACAAAGAAAAAUCAGCAAAAAUGCAGAGGCCUCCACAGGAAGAUUUUCAACUUAAGGAGACCAAACCCCACCUUGGUGGAGUGAAAAUAACUGGAGAUAAGCUUACUAGCACUCAUGACCUUGUUGAGCAAAUGCAGUACCUUUACGUUAGGGUGGUAAAGGCGAGAGAUUUACCUGCGAAGGAUGUUACUGGGAGUUGUGACCCUUACGUUGAGGUUAAGCUUGGGAACUAUAGGGGCACGACACGACAUUUUGAGAAAAAGACAAAUCCUGAAUGGAAUCAGGUGUUUGCUUUUUCAAAGGAUCGGCUUCAAUCUUCUAAUCUUGAGGUUACUGUGAAAGAUAAGGAUUUUGUGAAGGAUGAUUUUAUAGGCAGAGUUAUGUUUGACUUGAAUGAGGUUCCAAAGAGAGUUCCUCCUGAUAGUCCUCUGGCACCGCAGUGGUAUAGAUUGGAGGAUAGGCAAGCAAACAAGGUUAAAGGAGAGCUGAUGUUGGCUGUCUGGAUGGGUACUCAGGCUGAUGAAGCAUUUCCUGAAGCCUGGCAUUCAGAUGCUGCGGCUGUUAGUGGUGCUGAGGGCCUCGCAAACAUUAGGUCAAAGGUGUAUUUGUCACCAAAGCUUUGGUACCUGCGAGUUAAUGUGAUUGAAGCACAGGAUUUAAUACCGAGUGAUAAGAGCAGGUUUCCUGAAGUCUUUGUGAAGGUCAUGCUUGGGCAUCAAGCUCUGAAGACCAGAGUAUCCAUGUCUAAGACAAUUAACCCAAUGUGGAACGAGGAUCUUAUGUUUGUAGCUGCGGAGCCCUUUGAGGAGCCAUUAAUUUUGAGUGUGGAAGAUAGAGUUGCACCUAAUAAAGAUGAAGUUCUUGGCAGGUGUGCUAUUCCUCUGCACCAGUUGGAGAGGAGGUUGGAUCACAAACCAAUAAAUUCUAGGUGGUAUAAUCUUGAAAAGUAUGUGACUGUUGUUGAGGGGGAAAAGAAGAGAGAAAUAAAGUUUGCCAGCCGGAUUCACACGAGGAUCUGUCUGGAAGGUGGUUACCAUGUUUUAGAUGAAUCGACCCACUACAGUAGUGAUCUUAGACCAACAGCGAAACAGUUGUGGAAGUCAACCAUUGGGGUUUUAGAAUUGGGUAUCUUGAAUGCUCAGGGGCUAUCACCUAUGAAGACAAAGGAUGGGCGGGCAACAACUGAUGCUUACUGCGUGGCCAAAUAUGGGCAGAAGUGGGUGCGGACAAGGACAAUUAUCGAUAACUUUACUCCCAGAUGGAAUGAACAGUACACUUGGGAGGUAUAUGACCCUUGCACGGUUAUUACUAUUGGUGUGUUUGAUAACUGUCAUCUGCAAGGAGGUGAUAAAUCUGGAGGUACAAGGGACUUGAGGAUUGGAAAGGUCAGAAUUCGUCUUUCUACACUGGAAACAGAGCGUGUUUACACACAUGUUUAUCCACUUCUGGUUUUGAAUCCUUCUGGUGUGAAGAAGAUGGGUGAAAUACACCUGGCCGUGAGAUUUACAUGCUCAUCAUUGCUGAAUAUGAUGCAUUUGUACUCACAACCUCUGUUGCCGAAAAUGCAUUAUAUUUAUCCACUAACUGUCAGUCAGCUUGACAUCUUGAGGCACCAGGCCACACAAAUUGUCUCGAUGAGACUUAGUCGUGCUGAGCCUCCUUUAAGGAAGGAGGUAGUCGAGUAUAUGUUGGAUGUUGGUUCCCACAUGUGGAGUAUGAGGAGAAGCAAGGCUAACUUUUUCAGAAUAAUGGGGGUUCUAGGUGGAUUAAUUGCUGUUGGUAAAUGGUUUGACCAGAUCUGCAAUUGGAAGAACCCCAUUACCACUGUUCUAAUUCAUAUUCUGUUCUUAAUACUGGUCUUGUACCCGGAGCUUAUUCUACCAACCAUUUUCUUGUACCUUUUCUUGAUUGGAGUUUGGUACUACAGAUGGAGGCCAAGGAAUCCACCUCACAUGGAUACUCGAUUGUCCUGUGCCGAUAAUGCUCAUCCGGAUGAACUGGAUGAGGAGUUUGACUCGUUUCCAACAUCACGGCCUGCUGACAUUGUCAGGAUGAGGUAUGAUAGGUUGAGAAGUAUUGCAGGAAGGAUUCAGACUGUGGUUGGUGACUUGGCUACUCAAGGAGAAAGGCUCCAAUCGCUGCUGAGCUGGAGAGACCCAAGAGCCACAGCUCUAUUUGUGAUUUUUUGUCUGGUUGCUGCUAUCGUGCUUUACGUCACACCGUUUCAAGUAGUGGCCCUUCUUACUGGAUUUUAUGUUUUAAGACAUCCAAGAUUCCGUUACAAACUUCCAUCAGUGCCGUUGAAUUUCUUUAGGAGGUUACCUGCUAGAACAGACUGCAUGCUGUGAGUUUUGCCUGUCGUUUCCUGCAUCGACUUGUGGCUGGGUUUUCCCCAUUUUCUUGCUGCAUGAUGAGGAUACAGACCACAUGGAGGCCUGUUUGCUUUGUCUCACUUAGUGGUGAAAAUUGCUUCCUGCUAUGAUGUGUAAGAUACAUUGUUCUCAAUGAUGUAAUAGGCUUUGUGGGUUUGCAGUUAAUUUAAUUUUUGUUUAUAGGAGCUUUGUUCUGCUGUUGAACUUUGAUCUGUGCUAGUUCACAGUCCUUCAGUAUGUGAUUUAUCUAAUCGGCCUUGACAAUCUAUGCAUUAAAUUGUUACUGUUGGCACU